ACUUAGUAGGCCAUCAGAUCUUCAUCAAAGAGUUCACAAUCGAAGGCACACAAAAAUAGCACACCCGAAACUUGUUCAAAUAAAAUUCUAGGAAAUAAAUAAGAAAAAGAAUGGACUCAGAAGAACAUGAGGAGGAAUACACAGAGGACGAAACGAGCGAGGCCAUGUUCUUUCUUCGGGAGCAUGAAUUGCCAAUGUCGGAGCUACUUUAUGCCCUCAAGUAUGUAAGGAUCUUGCAUGGAUCUCGAUCUCAAGCCAAUCAGCCAGUGGUCACCCCGAUGCCCCAGGUGCCGAUUGUGGAGGUGGAACCACCAGCAUUCGACUGGGAGGACAAGGAGAAUCAACCUGUUGUCCGGCAGCCUUGAGGGUUUUAACUACUUUAUAAGUUGUAACUGAUUUUUGUUUACGGCCUUUAGACAGAUAAAAUUCUUAAAAGGAAAAA